AUGUCAUCAUAGCGUUUCCUGUUGAACAUUCAUUUUAAGUUCAUGAGACAUUUGGGCACGGUGCUAGGUUUGAUCGUUGAUCUGUUGAUCUGACGUCUAUCAUGUCGAGUCGCGCUCUGCGUAGGCUGAAGGGCGAGCAGCGAGCUCAGGCCGCUUUAAACACGCUAAAACUUACUGGUGAAGACGAAGAGGAGCACAUGAAGGGUGACAAAACUGCCCAUAAGCAGAAGAACAUCAGCAACAUAUUUGAGCUGAUUGGUGAGGCUGACCUGGAUGUAAUUGUGUCAGAUGAGGAGACAGCAGAGAGAAUCAGUGACAUAAAACAAGAAGGAGCUUCACUAGAGAAAGAUGCCGUGAAGGAUGAGAAGUCAAACAAAAAAAAGAAAAAAAAGAAGAAAAAGGCUCUUGCUGAGAAUGGAAGGGAUGAUUUGAGUGUGGGAGAUGAUAUUGAUGCUUUCUUGGAGACCCUGGAGAAGAAAAAAGGCAUAUCAUACCAGAGCGUAGACAACAGCGCCUCUGAAAACAGACCUGUACUGUACGUGGAACACAGGAAUCUGAAUCCAGAGACGGAGUUGAAGAGGUAUUUUGGUGUUCGGGCUGUUCUGGGAGACCAGAGAUCAAAACAGAGACAGAGGCAGUUUCAUCGGUGCACUUGGAUGACUGUUUUCAAAGACACAUGGCCCCGUUUCAGUCGACCAGGUAUUUCCAUGAGUCUAGUGGAGUCUAAAAACGGCAUUCAGCACUUCACCUUUGAACAUAAUCGUGACUAUCAGCAAGUCCAGUUCAAGUUUUUUGAUGCGGUUGAGUCAAUGGACCCCAAUAACUUUGUGGUUCUCCUGCAACUUAACCCAUAUCACAUUGAUUCACUUUUGCAGCUGUCAGAUGUAUGUCGCAUACAAGAAGAUCAAGAGACUGCCAGAGAUCUCAUCGAAAGGGCUUUAUAUAGUUUUGAGUGUGCAUUCCACCCUGUGUUCAGCCUGACGUCAGGCACGUGUCGACUGGACUACUGCAGACCAGAAAACAGGGCCUUUUAUUUAGUGUUGUUCAAGCAUAUGACAUUUCUGGAGAAGAGAGGUUGUCCACGUACAGCCUUGGAGUUCUGCAAACUGAUUCUGAGUCUGGAUCCAGAUAAUGACCCUCUCUGCAUGCUGCUGAUCUUUGACUUCCUGUGCCUGCGCUGUCGCGAGUACACCACCCUCAUCCGACUCUAUGAGGAAUGGGAGGUCCAUCGAAAUCUGUCCCAGCUGCCAAACUUUUCCUUUUCUGUGGCUCUUUCCUACUAUCAUCUGAGCCAACGGGAAGACAUUUCACCUGUGGAGUACCAUCAGCUGAAGCAGAAAUCCAAUGUACUACUGCAAAAUUCUCUCAUCAUGUUUCCUGGUGCACUGAUGCCCCUUUUGGACUUAUGUACAGUUCAACCUGAUGCUUUGGUGUCUUCUCAUGCAUUCUUUGGGCCAUCAAGUCAAAUUGGGCAGCCUCCUGCACUCUCAGAGUUAGUGGCUCUAUAUGUGGGCCGCUGUCACAGCCUGUGGAAAGAAGCUGGACUGAUGCUAUGGUUGGAGGAGAAUGUCAGAAAAGUGCUGAAGAGGGUUGACUCGCACGAUCCUUAUUUGGAGGACUGCCAAAACAAGAGGAAGCAGCGAUACCAGAGUGCUCCCAGGAACAUCCAUAGACAUGUGCUGAUGUCUGAGAUCAAGGAGGCAACAGAUACCCUUCCCUUAGAAGUGACCACACAGCCAGGAAUGGGUUUUGACCCUCUCCCUCCUCUGGACUCCAUUGUCUCUUACAUCAGACCAGAAAGGCAGAACAUGGGGGCCUCAAAUGAAGGCACAUUAUCUUUGUUUUUCCGAUCACUGCUACCAAACUUCAACCUCCAGAGGCCUGAAGACAGACAAGAAGUUGCUCGUGCCGGGCGUGAAUUGAACCAGGAAGUGAAUAGACUCAUGGUGGCUAUGAGGGACAUGUUGGCUAACAUCCAAUUUCGUGAACCUCAGUGGGAGAACAACCAUGAAAGAGAUGAGGAGGAAUGGGACUAAAAGAUCGAGGGUGUUAUUUCUGAGCACCCUUCCAAAUUUAGCUACCAUGUUUAGUACAUUUUGACAGUCAGCUGGAAACAUUACAAAAAAAAAAGAAAAAUC